CCCCACCCACGUGACAGUGGCCUCCUAACCUCCAAGAGGUCUUCAAGACUAUCAACAAAGUGCAAAUUCUCGACGAAGAAUUCCUCCAUUUAAUAUUCAUUAUCACGAUGAUUGUGUCACCUCUGAUCAAGAUCUCUCGGUCAAUUCGUGGGAAAAUUGCCUAUAGCCAGACGCUAUCCAGAUAUUCGACAAAGUCGAAGAAAUCUGAGCCUGAGAUUCCCAGGAAUGAGCUGGAGGGAUUAUUCAGUGCUCAGUACCAACCGGAUAAAGGAAAAGUUUAUGAUAAAAAACCCUUCAAGCUGAGGCUUGAGGGGGGUAGGAAGUACUCCUGGUGCACCUGUGGUCAGAGCAAGGGUCAACCCCUCUGCGAUGGCACCCACAAGAACAUCUUCCUCAAGAUCAAAAUGAGGCCCCUGCGGUUCCAGGUCAAGGAGACCAAAGAGUACUGGCUCUGCAACUGUAAGCAGACGUCUAAUAGACCCUUCUGCGAUGGCACACAUCUGAGGGAAGAUAUUCAAGCUAAAAUCAAAUAAUAUGUAACGAGUUACGAAAAUUGAUUACUGUAAAUAAAUUCAAAUGAAAAAAUA